UUGUCGGACGCUGGUCUCUUCUAAAUACGGCUCUGUUCUGAGAGCAGUUUCAAACUCUUUGCAAACAACGUUUGAUGCUUUACUCACCCUUUUUAGCUUUUUUCUUAGAAGGUUUCUGGAGCUGUUGCUGUUGGUAAGUAUGUCGACAUCGAAUAUGACCUGGGCAAGUGUGUCAAGGAUUAACCACCUCGAAGAGCCUGCUGGGGGAUCAUAGCUUGGGAUUUUAAGCAUUUGCAUUUUAGAAGCGACGGCGACGUCUGUGGCAAAUAAAACGCCGUUUUACCGCCCAAUGGAAAAGUGCAUGAGUAACUAGAAUGAGUCCACUGUAACAUGGGAAAGAGGUUGAAAGAAGCUUCUCUGAUUGGUAACUACGACAUAAUGAGAUGCUACGAAGUCGACGUCACAUUCCACUAUCAAAUUGACGGAGGGCUCACAAAUAGCACCAUAACAUACACCAAAGUGCAGUUUUCUUUUCUUUUCCAACAAGUUCCCGCCCUUCUCAAGUGCAGUGGUGUCCUGAUCACCAGGAAAGAUAUACUCAGCUCUCCGCCGGGAGUGAAAAGUAUUUUUUUUAGAAUUCCAAUGAUAUUCACUGCAUCAACGAAUGUGGCAGAUAGUCAAGUUUCAACAAAGUUUACAGCUUGUAUAAAUACCCUGACGACAACAUCUACUAAGGUAAUCGUGGACAGCUACUCUCCGCGUAUAACCCAAAAUGGCACCAACUAUGGCAAGUAUAAUUUAUCCACUAUAUCAGCUAAGCGAUCCUGCUGUGGUGGGAAUAUACCGCCACCCUGUUGUGCCGUGGGCUCAGUUAAUGUGUCAAGUACUAAAUGUGGUUGUUUGCCAGGCUUCCAUUUUGUUCCUGGCAGUUUAUGUCAGCGUUGUCCUUCAGACACCUAUCAGGACGAACAAGGUCAAAGUUCAUGCAAGCAGUGUCCAGGAGGAAAACAAACAUUUGGAAAAACAGGAAUGACCAGCAAUUCCAGCUGCUCAGACCCUCCAUUGAUUGGUAACUACGACGUGAAGCGGUGCUUUGAGGUAGACGCCAUAUUCCAUUACCAAAUCCCUGGAGGCCUUACAACUAACGCCAUCAGAUAUAUCACAGAGGAGUUUUACAGUUCUAUAUCCUAUAUUCUUUAUCUUUAUCUUUAUCUUUAUCAUAAUCCUCAACAAUGCAAUGGGGUGAAUGUCACAGUCGGAAAUAUAACUUCAUCUCCGCCAGGAGUUAGCCAUGUUUAUUUCAGAGUACCAGUUACUUAUACAGCAUCAAAUAACAUAUCUGAUGAUCAAGUGGCUUCGAAUGUUACCACCUGCAUAAACGCUGUAAAUUUUACCUUGAAGGGAUAUAUCGACCAAAACGCUCCAGAAAUUGUCCAAAACAACGCCACAUACCAAAUUAACCAGCCAUCUUCCAUGGAGAAGAGGUCAUGCUGUGGUGGAGAUAUACCGCCGCCCUGCUGUGCCGUUGGCUCAAACAGGGUGUCAAAUACUAAAUGCG